AUGGCGGCCAGCGAUUCACCCCCUCAGUCGAAGAACGAGGCCACAUUCGCUUCCAGCGACAAUGGAGUCCAAGUCGCUGAGACAGAGUUCAGGGAGGAAGUGGGAGGCUUGCAUUUUGACCAAUAUCUUGCUGGAGGGAUGGGUCGCCAUCUGGGCAUCUUCAGCACAACCUCUCUGAUUAUCGGGCGAAUCAUCGGCACAGGAAUCUUUUCCACUCCUUCCUCGAUCGUCAAUGGCGUCGGAUCUUUGGGGGCCUCGAUGCUCUUGUGGGUGCUGGGGCUUCUGCUGUCCGUCUCGGGGCUCUGCGUCUGGCUUGAGUUUGCCUGCAUGAUACCCCGAAGCGGUGGCGAGAAAGUAUAUCUCGAAGCAGCAUAUCGUCGACCGAAAAUGUUGAUAACGACAAUUUUCGCGGUCCAAGCCAUUGCUCUUGGAUUUACGGCUUCUGGUUGUAUUGUUUUUGCAUCAAAUAUUCUUGUAGCGGCAAACAAGACAGUUACGGAAUGGGCAGAACGAGGCAUUGCCAUUGGCGUCAUCAUCUCGGUCACUGUCAUCCACACGUUUGUCCCGAAGCUCGGCGUUCACGGGAUGAACUUCUUUACCAUCCUGAAGCUUAUUCUGCUCAUCUUUAUUGUUGUCACGGGAUGGGUGGUACUCGGAGGUGGUGUUUCACGAGUACCGGAUCCUCACGCAAGCUUUCACAAUGCGUUUGCCGGGUCCGCACAGUCCGGUAACCCAUAUGCAACUGCAUUGUUCAAAGUGCUCAACUCAUACGCAGGUUGGUCUAACGCAAUGUACGUGCUCAACGAGGUGAAAAAUCCCGUUCGAACCAUCAAGAUUGCCGGUCCCCUGGGCCUUUCGACGUGCGGAAUCCUGUACAUCCUCGCCAACGUCGCGUAUUUCUCUGCGGCGACACCUGCAGAAAUCGCAGCAAGCGGAACGACUGUGGCCUCCUUUUUCAUGAAGAAGGUGUUUGGCUCUGCCGCCCAAAGGGCCCUCAGUGUUCUCGUUGCCCUUUCAGCAUAUGGCAACGUCUUGACAGUAACCUUUGCCCAGUCGCGAGUCAAUCAGGAGCUUGCCAAAGAAGGCGUCAUUCCCUUUCCACGAUUUUGGGCUUCGUCAUGGCCCUUCGGCUCGCCAUCCGCCGGCUUGAUCCUGCAUUUCAUCCCCUCCUUCAUCGUCAUCGUCGCCAUACCCUUCGGAGACGCCUACAACUUUAUUCUCGAUGUCGAGGGAUAUCCUGGAGCUGUCAUGAACUUCCUGGUAGUCGCAGGUCUAUUCUAUCUACGUUGGACAGAGCCAAAGGCACCGCGACCAUUUAAAGUAUGGCUGCCGGUCGCAGCGUUCUUCAUGCUUGGACAGGCAUUUCAGUUGGUGGCUCCAUUCUUGAGGCCUCCGGGAGGAAAAGGCGAUACCAGUCUGCCAUACUGGCUCUAUGCCGUCGUGGGCAUUUCCAUUCUGGCAGCGUCUGUUGUUUACUGGGCUGUGUGGUGGGUGGCAGCACCCAAGCUGGGAGGAUAUACGUUGCAGUCGCGAAACGAGCCUCUUACAGAUGGGACAAAUGUGAUCGUGUAUCACCGUGUACCCACCCAGGACUGA